AUGUUACAAUACGAAAGUGUGCUUUUUCUAAUAGCUAUCUGUAACUUGGCAUUUGCAUUCGAAUGUCCUCCCGAAAGGAAGCACAUAACGCACCAGGAAUCCAAACUCUACAAUGACUUGUUAUGCGCAUAUCCGUCUGUCGGUCGGCCUGUAAAAAAUCACAAGAGUACUGUUGACGUACGAGUGCGUUUUGCAAUUAAGUAUCUUAGCUUCGAUGCCUUAGAAGAAAUCCUUACGCUACAAAGCUGGGUGUUUCUCAAUUGGAAGGAUGAAUAUUUAACUUGGUCACCUGUUCAUUAUGGAGGCAUAAAGGAAAUUCAAAUACAUAGCUUUAAAAUAUGGACACCACGUAUGUUUCUAUUUAACACCAACUUAAGUGGGUAUUGGUUUGUUCAUCUAUAUACAACAUGUGUGGUCACCUCAAGUGGAGUGGUCACUUGCGUCCCGCAAAUUCCCCAUUCUGGUAUUUGCCGCACGUCACUUCGCAGCUGGCCUUAUGAUACACAAAAUUGUUCACUUUAUUUCGGUUCAUUGAUGGAGACCGGUGAGCAUGUGAACUUUAUGUUCUAUAAUCAUACACCGAUACAGUUCGACGACUUCCAGGAUGGACCCGGCUGGAAACUUUUGAAGACUUAUAAUGAACGACUGCUAACAAAACACAGCUACAGUACGAACAGUACAUAUCCUGUACUAAAAUACACUUUUACAUUGCGGAGAGAAGCAGCCGGUCCUGCGGCUACAAUUGUCGCACCCGCGAUUGUCAUUGUAAUAUUAACUUUAAAAGGCUUGCUCUCAGAAAUUAAGAAUAACUCUAGGUUAAUGUUGAUAUAUUUCAGUUUAUUCGCACAUUUUAUAUUCCUCGCUACGAUUGGUUUUGUUAUACCUAAGUUUAGUUCUGAGACGCCCAAUAUUGUACUAUUUAUUCGAGAUUCGAUGAUAGUGACACUAGCGGGGGUUUUAAUCACAAUCCUACUUAUGUCCUUAAGGAAACGUGCAGAUCCUGUUCCAGGGUGGAUUUUAACUAUUAACAACACUAUUAGUUCCAGUCCAGGAAAAUACGUCAUAUUUACUAAAUUUGAUCCAAAUGAAGUACUCGAAGAGAAAAGUAACAGCGAGGGCUCCAGCACUAAUAAUGAUAAGACGCGAGUUGCUUUAGAUUGGAUACAGUUUGCGAACAUUAUCAAUGCCUUUGUAUACAUAGUGAUAUGUCUUACAUAUUUAAUAUUUAUUAUUAGCUAUAUUCCUAAAGAGUCU